ACUGUCUCCCCUCAGCGGUGUAUCCAGAUCAUAGGUUCAACAUUUCAAACAAUCCUAAGUAUUUUUCUUAUUUUUCUUUUUCCUCUAGCCUUUCCUGGAGUGUUUUCUGCAACAUUCAUUCAUCAUGAAGUUAUUGGAGGAUAUAGUCACCUGUUUACCAUCCAAGGGUCUAACUCUCAACUGCAGCCCUACAUGUUGCUUGCACAUAUAGAUGUAGUUCCAGCUUCCCCUGAAGGCUGGGAUGUUAGUGACCCUUUCUCUGCUGAGGAGCAUAAUGGGUUCAUAUAUGGAAGAGGAACACUGGAUAACAAAAACUCUGUCAUGGGGAUUCUACAUGCACUGGAAUUCUUACUGAGACGAAAUUACCGGCCACAAAGAAGUUUCUAUAUUGGCCUUGGGCAUGAUGAAGAGAUAGGUGGUCAAAAAGGAGCAAAAAAGAUUGUGGCUGAGCUGGAAUCUAGAGGGUUAAAACUUGCUUUCCUGCUUGAUGAGGGAAGCUUCAUCUAUGAUGGGAUCGUCACAGGAAUAGAGAAACCUGUAGCUCUAAUAGCCAUCACAGAAAAGGGUGCAAUUACAGCACAUUUCGGUGUGACGUCAGUGCCAGGCCAUUCUUCUGCACCACCUAAGAGGACAAGCAUUGGUAUUCUUUCUGAAGCAAUGUCCAG